AUGGAUGAUUCUACAAGUUUUCAGGAUCAAGUGUAUACAAAAGAAGAAGAAGAAGAAGAAGAAGAAGAGAUAAUUUCUCUUUGUGAUUUUCCUCUAAACAGUGACGAAUCCGAGAAGAAGGAUGUUUCUAAGAUUCAAGAUCGAAGUUCUUCGUCGCCCUCAGAUUUGUUCGAGUUCUUCAGUGAUGUCAGCUCCGACAUGUCCCAUGCAGAAGACAUAAUUUUCUGUGGUAAACUCGUACCCUACAAAGAACAACCUCUUCUCAAGGAUCAUUUUCACAAUUCUCUCUCGACAGAUGAUAAUAGCUUCAAGAAUUUUAAUACAAGAAGGUGCGAAUCAUUGUCUGAUGAGAACACAAGAUCACACAAGACGAAGAAGUUGAUAAGAAACAGCAGGUUUUUAGAUUACAGAAAACUCCAUAAUUCAAGCUUGGAAAUCAAAUCUGAGGACUCGGAAAUCCUAAGAAGUUCAUCAAAGAGUUCGACAAAAUCUGAUCCGGGAUCAAAGGUAUCUAAACCAAGAUGUUCUAUUUUGAAGUUUGGCCUAGUGAAAUUUCCACCAGAAAUGGACCUCCAAGAUAUAAAAAACCGGCAAGUUCGCCGGAAAAUUCCGGGGAGUGUGUUUCCGGCGGCUGAGACUGGCUGGAAGGCUCCAGCUAGUCGGAUUGACCGGAGAAAUUCUUGGGGUCAUGAUUUGUUAAGUGUGUUAAGUUGUAAAGCUCAUACUAGCGUAGCCGUGACUGCAUCCAAUAUUAAUUUCGUGCAUGAAAUUUGA